AUGAAGCCGUCAACACGCAUCCCGCUGCGCCUUUUUACAGCGACGUCGUCGCCAUUGGCUUCGUCAGCCAGACGGUCGACCUGCGCCGCUGCUGCCUUCAAUGCGCGCGCCAUCUCGACGACGCCCCUCAAGCCCGCCGAGGUCGCGCCCGUGGUCGGCACGGGACCGCCGCCGGAACCGCCCAUUGCUGACAUCGCCGCCGAGGACCGGGCAGCGGCGGCGCGGAUCCGUGUCGAGAGGAGGAAGAAGCAGGCCGAGAUGCUCAAGCACGCCAAGCGGAUCCGGACGUCGGCCGAGGCCAAGUCGAGUGCGCCGGGGGCUUUGAAGAGGAGGUUUUGGAAUGAUGUCAGUGUGCAGGAGGUAGAUGGUGCCCUCCAAGUCCACCUCGACUCCCGUCCCCUCCGCCACCCCAACACCAAGGAAAUCAUCCGCCUCCCGCCCUCGAAGCAGCACCUCGCCUCGGCCCUCGCCAUCGAAUGGGACCUCAUCACCUCGGCCGAGCAGGCGACGAAGCAGCACCUGAUCCCCCUGACCUCGCUCAUCUGCCGCGCCAUCGACAUCGCCGCCGACGACGCCGCCAACGACGGCGCGAUCCGGGCGCACGUGGCCAACACGCUGAUGCGGUACCUCGACACGGACGCGAUGCUCUGCUGGGCGCCGCCCGCGGGCGCGACGGACACGCGCAACGACGCGGGAGAAUCGCUGCGCGACGUGCAGAAGAGGACGGCGGACGCCGUCGUGGGCGCCUUGACGGGGCGGGUGUGGCCCGGGAUCGAGAUCACGCCGGUGCUGGACGGGCAUAGUAUCGUGCCGCAGAGGCAGGCGGAGGGGGUGAGGGAGGUUGUGCAGGGUUGGGUUAUGGGGCUUGACGCGUGGGAGCUGACGGGGUUGGAGAGGGCCGUGUUGGCGGGGAAGAGUCUUUUGGGGGCGGCGCGGUUGGUCGUGGAGUGGAGUGAGGGCCCUGUUGGGGAGUAUCGCGAUAAGAAUGGGAAGGGGGGCAAGUUUGGUGUCGAGGAGGCUGCUACGGCGUUGAGCUUGGAGGUUACGUGGCAGACUGGGGCGUGGGGCGAGGUGGAGGAUACGCAUGAUGUUGAGAAGGAGGAUUUGAGGAGGCAGUUGGGGAGUGUUGUGUUGCUUGUUUCUGGUACGAACCGGAAGUGA